CAACAAAGUCGUGGCAAAGUCCCUAGUGUCAUUUUGACAGCUGUCACCUGUCACUCACAAAUGAAAACUAAUUGUUUUUGUUAAACAAUGUAAGAGAAAAAUACAAUGAGAGUGUUUUUGCUUGGUUUCAUGUUGGUCGUAUGCGUGGUUCGGCAGUCCUCUGGCUACAAGGAGCGUAAGUGUGGCCCCCUUGUCUGGCUUUUUGUAGCCUAUUUUGCAGUGAGUAUGGAGAGCGACGAAUUGUGUUCAGCUAUAAACAAGAAACGUAGAGUGAGAUUAGAUAAGGGGCACCGGUCGGGGCUAGUGGUGCGCCAGUACCGGUUGCAGGACCAUAGUUUAGAUUGGACUAGAAAUUUCAAAUGUCGGUUCGAAGUCACACCGUCGAGCUCUCGCGAGGGCGUAAUCGCUGUGAUACAACAUUUGAGUUUUCGUAAAAAUUCGUCGACGGAUGAGUGUGUAGAUUAUGUGCAAUUCACGCGGAAAGAUGGGUCGACGAGUCAGAAAUUCUGCGGCCGGUUUAACGCCGCUCUCUACAUGGACCACAAUUUCGUAAAUACGGCCGAUCCAGUGUCGUCAGGGACGGCUUUCGUCGACGAAAAUGGGGAAUUGGGGGUCGUUAUAUCGGUCUCGAGGGAGCACCUGGAGAACGACGAGGAGAUGGACUUGAGUAUCGUUUUCACGACUUACAGGCAUUGUUCCCUAGUCUUGAAACGCGAUACCAGCUACAGGCCUUGUAGCGAAAAACGACGCGAGUUUUGUAUUUUUUCUGGCUUUUUUAAGGACAGUUUUAUCAAUUGUCCGUUUCCGGAUUGCGAGGACGAAGAAGGCUGCUCCCAAACACCAAUCGAAGUCGUCAAUGUUUACUACGGCAAUAAAGUCCUAAUCGGGGCUGUGUCUUCCGUAUUUGUGGUCUUUGCCCUUUUUAUCGUCUGUCUUUGGAUAUGCAAGACGUACAAGAUUUUUUGUUGGUCGCAAAGUUUCGCAAAUCCUGGUUCCUCGUCGCAAAAUCCAAGCGAUGCUCCUAGGGUAAUAGAAUUGAAUGAGCAAACCGGGUCUAGGGCUUCGGCCCCACCGCCAAACCCCUCUAGUGCCAAUCAGAUUGAAGCAGAUAAGGAUUUACCACCGUCUUACGAAAGUCUUUUUCCCUCAAGGUAGUACAAGAAAUUGGGAAGGUUAACGCACAUUCCACUUAUCAAGAUUGGUAUCAAAGUGUCAAUGAUUGGUGUAAAGAGACUAUUUUGUACAAUUGAUUUACUACUAACGUAUGACAGUAUUAAAAUACAAGUCUACUUGCCAAAUACUGAAUUUUUAAUAUACUCGAAUGUUUUUAUAACUAUUAUAUCUAUUUAUAUUUUUUAUCAAGUUGUGAACAAUAAACGAUUGUAUAAUA